AUGCUGUUAUCUUCAUCAAAACGCGGCCCAGCCGCUAGUAAAGCAAGACUGGCCGCCCAAAUUAGAACGAGGGAAAAGCCGCCAUCCGACGGAGCGCAUUGGAUGGGCGGCGAUAUGACCGACACAGAUAUUCUCCUGGAAAAAAAGAGAGAUAUCCAUGCUCUUCAGCGGCACCGAUAUCAGGAUUACUUCGACAAUCUAUCUAAGGUUUAUGUUGAUGGCUGCCCCAACCUUCUGAAUACCGAAGAAAAGCUUCGCGAAGUCGUCCAAGAGGAGAUAGCCAAUCAAGAAAAAGGGUGCCCUUCGACUGGGGGUUCCAACCGUCUUCAGUUCUUGAAUGCCCGAUAUUGGAGUUUGUCUCAAGAGUGGUGGCGCUGGCGGUCUGCACUGCAUCCCGGACCUCAGUUGUGGGGGUUUGAGUUGUGGCGGUCCCACCCAAGAUGGUAUAUGCAUCGUGAUCUUGUGAAUGAUUGUGUUGGUCGUCAGGGGUGCUGUGCCCGUGGUUGUGGUUGUUGUGUAAACCGCAAGAUUGACGACUCGCGUAUCCUUGGGGUCGGACACUGUACCCUUGGAUGCGCCUGUUGUGAAAGGGCUCGAGGCUUCAAAGUACCCGAAGAAGAGAAGCAAAGAUUGAAAGAGCUAUAUAAAAUCAGCCUUGACAAGGGGGAAGAUUUCCGUUCGAGAGCGAUUGUCCGAGUCUCCAUUUGGGGUAUAACCGGAAGUAGUUGGAGGGAUCCUUUUGAUAUGAUUGAAGAUGCGCCGCCGAGCUAUGAGGAGGUGUCGAAGAUCAAAGGGAUUCUGUAA